CCGCCGCCGCCGCCGCCCCGCCGGCCCCGCGCUCCCCGGCGGCGGGAGGCACCGGGCCGCCACCGGGACCGGACGGGGGCUGGGGGCCGCCACCGGAGCAGUUCGACACCGAAGGCCUUGGCAAAGACGUUUCCUGUGAAAUCAGUCUCUGCACGGUACCCGCCUCCCCAGAUUUCCCCGCGCCGUGUCUCAGACUCAGCUGUGCUUCUCCACAUCGUCAGAAGACCAAGAGGGAGGGAGGCCGGGUCAGGCGGCACCGAGCGCUGAGGCUAUGACCUCCAGCCAGAAGGAAGAGGCGAUGGGUAACCGGCUUGGCCAAACGCUUGGUGCAAGUAAUGAAGAGCAGCAGGGGCUGAUUCAAGCACCUGGCGGCAACCUUUAUUCUGCCAACACCCGCACACGCGAGGCAGAGCCAGAUGCUCCAGGCAGCGAUCCAAUGGGCUCCCCUCGGGCAGCGGGGAAGGACGGCCCCGCGCAGCACGGCAUGCCAAACCCCUGCGUGCCUGCGAACCCGGACACACUGCAGCGGCUGAGGAAAAGCAGCUGUGAAGAGGAGAGCGGGGAGAAGGACCGGCCACGUCUGUGCAAGGACCAAGGGGAAGAACAGCUGCCUGAACCGAAGAUGCAGAAGGUGGAAAACCCAGAACGGGAACAGCUCAGAAGUGAAAAUCCUGAAGAAGCACAUAAAGACCGAAGAGACAACACUGAAGAGCAGGAAGGGAAAAUUGAAGAAACCUACAAAAAAACACAGCUGGCAAAAAAGACAGACAACCUGCAAGAUACUGUGACCACAGGCCAAGGCUCCGGCAGCAGCGAGCUGGAGGAGCUGCGCAUCGUGCUGGUGGGGAAGAGCGGAGCGGGGCGAAGUGCCACCGGGAACACCCUGCUCGGGAAGACGGUCUUCGAGUCCUGCCUGGGGGCCCAGCCUGUGACAGUGACCUGUGCCCAGGGCGAGAGGAUGUGGCGAGACAAGCGUGUGGUGGUCCUGGACACACCGGCCAUUUUUGACACGUUGCUUCAGGGUGAGCAGCUGGACGAGGAGAAGAAGCGUUGCCGCGAGUUCUCCCAGAGCCCCUGUGCACUGGUGCUGGUGACCCAGCUGGGCCGGUACACGGAAGAGGACCAGGAGGCAAAGAAGCAGGUGCAGGAGGUCUUUGGGCAGGAGGCCAUGAAGCACACGAUGGUCGUGUUCACCCGGAAGGAAGACUUGGGCGAUGGCUCCCUGGAAGAGUACGUCACAACGACCGACAACAGAGCUCUCCGCAGACUGAUUCAGGCAUGCAGGCAGCGAUACUGUGCCGUGAACAACAGGGAAACAGGGCCGGAACGGGAUGCCCAGGCCGAUGAGGUGCUGGAAAUGGCUCUGGCAGCAAUGCGUGGUGAGGAGGGCCAGGGGCACAGGGUGGGCAAAGCAGAGGCAUCCCCAGGAUGCGGAGAGGCUGUAAACACAUUGCAGAAUCCACAUCAAAGUGUAGAAGAGUCCAGGUCACUAACAUGGAGAGAUAUUUUCUGUUGUCUUCUCCGCACACCGCUCUGGGGCUGCCUUAGCCGAGACCGCCGAUCCCUCGCCGUCCGGGCUUGUGCCCUGCCCCGCGGCCCUGCACCUCCCUUCGGCCUCCCUCCUCCCACCGCUGCCGCUCGUUCGGCUCUCCGCGGAGCUAAACCGAAAGCAGCGCAGGGACUGGCGCCGUCCUGCCCAGAGACGCCACGCUCCUCGACCGGCAGCGCCGGGAGCACACGGCACCGGCCCGGGAGCUCAGCAGGGCUGCCGGGGGACCUUGCCCUCAGUCUGAAACGGGGUGCUCUGCAGAGCCUGCAGACCCAGACAGUCCAGCAAAGCAUGAGGCAAAGCUUCCCACAAGAGGAUGAAGACGCAUGCCACGGUACGUGCGAAGGCCAGCAAGUGGGGGACACAGAGCUGAGACUGGUGCUCGUCGGUAAAACCGGCAGUGGGAGAAGCGCAACGGGAAACACCAUCCUCGGGAGGAGAGCGUUUGAGUCACAGCUGGCGGUGCAGGCAGUGACGCAGAGGUGCGCAAGAGCCAGCACCGUCUGGCAGGGCAGGAAGGUGGUGGUCAUCGACACGCCUGCUAUUUUUGACACGUGCAGCAGCAAGUCCUACGACGAGAUUGCAUGUUGCCUGCUGCUGUCGGCACCGGGCCCCCAUGCGCUGGUGCUGGUCACCCAGCUGGGCCGACACACACAGGAGGACGAGGCUGCCGCAGAGGAGGUCUGGCGCAUCUUUGGGCACGAUGCCAUGAAGCACACAAUCGUGCUCUUCACCCGGAAGGAAGACUUGGGGGAUGGCUCCUUACAUGACUACGUGACGGGCACUGACAACACAGCUCUCCGGAGGCUGAUUCGAGACUGCGGGAACCGCUACUGUGCCUUCAACAACAAGGCAACUGGAGCAGAACGGGACGCCCAGGUCAGAGACCUGCUAGAGCUCAUUCAGAGGGUGGUGAAGGGGAAUAGAAAUUCCUAUUACACCAACGAAUUCUAUUCCCAGGACAUGUUGGUCCUCAGCAGGGAAGAGAGAGAUUUUGAAGAAAAAUGCAGAGUCUUUGGAAAGCUAGUGGAGAAACAACUAGUGUAUAAGGCGCCAAGAGCAGUGCACAACUUUCCAUGGCUGGUUUGUCACUGCACACUUAGAGUGAUUGUGUGGGUUGUACAUUUUGUAGGUGGGCUGUUUCGCUGGGGGUGGAGGCAGGUUGUAUCACUGUAUAUUCGCUUCUUUCGUUAGCACUGGAUGAGUUCAUACUGCCUUACUUUUUCCCUGGCAAUUGCACCGUGUUGCUUAAUAAUACAGCUGAUUUUCAUUUUAAUGCUAUUACAGUCUUUGUCCUGUGUUACGGCCUAAGCCUCUGUUGGUAUAAAACAAAUGCACAAAG